AAGCAUAAAAAUUACAAAUAAAUGCUUUCAAAAAAAAGUACUAAUAAAAAGUAAAAAAAAAACACCAUAUUUGUCAAAAACACCAUACGUGUCAGUUCAUCAAUGGCUUACACCAUUCCAUCGCUUCGUCUCUUCAAACCCUCCGGUUCCAACUUCCCCUUCUCAACAACCAAGUUUACUGUCACUUUACACGCGGCUUCUUUCUCGAACCGGACGAGUCGACUCGCCUCUAACUCAAUGAGUCAACCUGCCGCCACCGAUUCCAGCACUAUCUCGACACCUAAUGAUGCUCCGUCACCGUCAGAAAACGCCGAUGUUGUUGUCCAGUACGUGGUGCUCCGGCGCGAUCUGAUUGAUACUUGGCCAUUGGGUAGUGUGAUUACUCAAGGUUGCCACGCUUCUGUUUCCGCUGUUUGGUCCAACAAAGACGAUCCUAUCACUAUUGAUUAUUGCAGCCCCGAUAAAAUCGAUUCUAUGCACAAAGUCACACUAGAAGUGAAGGGAGAACCUCAGAUCAAAAACUUGUCUGAGAAGCUGACAUCUGGUGGGGUCAUUCACAAACUAUGGAUUGAGCAACCUGAAAACAUACCUACCUGCCUUGCCACAAAACCUUACCCUAAGUCAAUUGUAUCUUCGUAUUUUAAGAAGUUGAAACUCUGCAAGUGAUCUCAUAUUUUUUACAGUAUUUCCUUACCUUUUCCUUCCUGAACUAUAGCUGUUUCGGAUUUCUUCUUAUUCUUUGCCUUAUCUCCUAAAAUGCCCAAUACUGAGCCAGUCAUUGGUGAGGAAGACAUUAACAAUCUGAAUUUGAUAUCAUUUUUUUAACUAAAGUGUCCUGUGCCUUUUUCGUGGGUCAUCUUUCAAUUCAGGUGGUAUUUCUGUUAUACUGUAUGAAAUUUAACAGGAACUUGCAGAUUAUUUAAUUCCUUUUAAGGCUCAUGAUGUUGUGUUGAAGAAAUCUUAACAUCUAUCUUGCCUUAGUGUAUUUGGACAAGUCAAUUGUUGUUAUACUUGUUUGCAUCUAGUUAUUUGAUUUGUAGACUAUACAAAGUCUUGUGACGACGAAAGACAUACCCACAACAAUAUCCUCGUUUUUUCUGUCUAACUAGUCAUUGCUAGUUUUAUAGCAUUAGAAGAAACCGAAUGAGCUAACUUCAAAUUAUGUGUGUCUAUGUUUAUUAUGUAUACUGUUGGUUAAAAACUCGACCGCACUGGUUGUUUGUCACAUAAACUCUCGUUAAAGUCUAACUAAUGUGUAAAUCAAUGGUGGGGAACUAAGUGUUUAUAUAUUUUAAUUCAAUAAUUUGUCCAGAUACAUAAACCAAGGUCUAACAGUUAGUUAACAAGGGUCGUGCAUUGUUUUUCAUUACAUAAAUAUGAUCAUUGUAUGUGAAUUUAAAAAUUUAAUUGCCUUCUUAUGAUUUUUUAUUCAAUUUUUAUUCGUUCUACUAUGGGCUAUGGCUCAAUCAUAUGGUUGGACUAGAAUUGCAAACUAACACCUUCACCAAGUCAAUGAUCUGUUUGAUUUUCUAAACCUCGAUUGGGUGUCAACACUCAGUAUUGUAUUUCUAUGCGGUAUAUGGAUGGUGAACCUUCUUCUAGGAUUUUAUGUUUUGUGCUUCAACAUUUGUGACUUAUCUGCUGUCGCUAUGGAUUGUGCCAUUUGACAUCAGCUUUGUUAUUUACAUUUAUCAAGUUGUCUAUAAUUCUAUGUUGUAGUGUCUGGCUGUGCACAGAUACAUGUGUAGUUUCUAUUCAAGGACUAUAUAUCUCUAAUUCCGUUUGUUGCAGCAUAGCAUUUCGUUUAUGAAUUAACUAGCUACUGAACUUGAACUUUAGGUCACACUAGAAGUGAAGGGAGAACCUCAGAUCAAAAACUUGUCUGAGAAGCUGACAUCUGGUGGGAUCAUUCACAAACUGUGGAUUGAGCAACCUGAAAACAUACCUACCUGCCUUGCCACAAAACCUUACCCUAAGUCUAUUGUAUCUUCGUAUUUUAAGAAGUUGAAACUCUGCAAGUGAUCUCAUAUUUGAUAUUACAGUAUUUCCUUACUUUUUCCUUCCUGAA